GACGGAGAGGCUGGAGGAGGGCGGCUGCUUCCUCAGGGCCUGAGUCAUGGCCAAGAAGACCCGCUCAGUUUUUCCAGAAGGGACGGAAACUUCCCUGUCAGCCCAGCAGCACAGGCCGAAGUCCGACUGGGGCCUGCCUGCCGUGCAGCACUUGGGGGACAAGGCGGGGAAUGGCUGCCUUGCCACAGAGCAGUUCCUGGCCGGCUGCCCAUCCCGGACAGGCCCAGCUUGACGGCUCCCUCCCUGCUCUGCUCCUGGUUGGGGGCAGGGGGCAGUGCGGACCCCGAAACCUCCCAACCAGGAAAGAAAGCUGCAGUGUUUUGUGCGUAUGCACGCCCACGCCAGUGUGCCGCGGUCGCAUGUGCGUGAGUGCCGCGUGUCGCUAUCCGCCCGGGUCCCUCUGCGUGCACGCCUCCCGGAGUCUGUGCGCCUCGGCACGCGGGGUCCCCCAGCAUCGGCUCCCCAGGGGGACCUGCUGUUUCUGUUGGACAGCUCGGCCAGCGUGUCUCAUUAUGAGUUUUCCCGAGUUCGGGAGUUUUUGGGGCAGCUGGUGGCCCCGCUGCCGCUGGGUCCCGGGGCUCUGCGUGCCAGCCUGGUGCAUGUGGGCAGCCGCCCAUACACUGAGUUCUCCUUCGGCCAGCACAGCUCAGGUGCAGCUGUCCAGGAUGCCAUACGUGCUGCAGCCCAGCGCAUGGGUGACACCAACACUGGCCUGGCGCUGGCUUACGCCAAGGAGCAGCUGUUUGCCGAGGUGGCAGGGGCCCGGCCAGGGGUGCCCAAGGUGCUGGUGUGGGUGACAGAUGGCGGCUCCAGCGACCCCGUGGGGCCCCCCAUGCAGGAGCUGAAGGAUCUGGGCGUUACCAUCUUCAUUGUCAGUACUGGCCGGGGCAACCUCCUGGAGCUGUCGGAUGCUGCCUCGGCCCCCGCGGAGAAGCACCUGCACUUCGUGGAUGUGGAUGACCUGCACAUCAUUGCCCAGGAGCUGAGGGCAUCCAUUCUUGACGCGAUGCAGCCGCAGCAGCUCCGUGCUACUGAAGUCACGUCCAGCAGCUUCCGCCUGGCCUGGCCGCCCCUGCUGACCGCAGACUCGGGCUACUACGUGCUGGAGCUGGCGCCCAGCGCCGAGCCGGGGACCGUGCGUCGCCAGCAGCUGCCGGGGAACGCCACGGCCUGGGUCUGGCUCAGCCUCGACCCCGACACGGACUAUGACGUGGAGCUGGUGCCUGAGUCCAACGUGCACCUCGUGAGGCCGCAGUACCUGCGGGUGCACACGCUGCCGGAGGAGGCCGGGCCGGAGCGCAUCGUCAUCUCGCACGCCAGGCCGCACAGCCUGCGGGUGAGCUGGGCCCCGGCGCUGGGCCCGGCCGCCGUGCUCGGCUACCACGUGCACUCUGGCAGCAGCUCGUGCCAUCGCGACCCAUACCCGGCCCAGAGCUGGGUACACGGGGCUGUCCUUUGGGCAGGAAUUAGAAGCAAGAUGGACAGGGAGUCUGGGGCGGUCUGA